GCGGGGGCGGGCCGUUCGGUGGCGGGAAUUUCGCCUGCUUCCGGUUUGGUCCCCGUGGGCUCGCGCCGUCUGCGGGCCGGGGACGUGAGUCUGGGGACUGAAGGCCGAGCUGAGGCCGGGAGCGCUCGGCGGAGCGCCGCGCGGGACUGUCGGGCGGACGGCGAGCCCUCCCACGGCUCCACCCGGCCUGCGGGCGCCUUCCCGGGCUUGCUGCCAGGAGACCUACAGGGGGGGCAUGAUGUAAAGAAUGGAUGGCUGUUCUGCUCCGUCGACGUUCCUGACCGACAGCUUAGAGUUGGAGCUGGGGACCGAAUGGUGCAAACCCCCUUGCUUCUCUUGUGCUUUUGACAGCAAAGGAGAAGGAAAAUUUUCUGGAGAGUCCUACCUUGCCAGUGGAGCCCUUAAGCGAUUAAUUUUAAAUCUCGAUCCUUUACCAACUAAUUUUGAAGAGGAUACAGUAGAAAUAUUUGGCAUCCUGUGGGUUACUGAAACUGCAUUAGUAAAUUCAUGUCGAGAACUCUUUCAUUUGUUCAGGCAACAACUAUACAAGUUGGAAUCCUUAUUACAGAUCAACUGUGAUUUUGGGAAAAUAUCUACCCUACACUUCAAAGCAGAUAAUAUUAGGCAGCAGUGUGUAAUAUUUCUCCACUAUGUAAAAGUUUUCAUCUUCAGGUGCCUGAAAGUACAAGAUGCUGAGAGCCGUGAUUCUCGUGUCCAUCCCUAUGAGGCUUUGGAGGCUCAGCUUCCCUCAGUGUUGGUUGAUGAACUUCGUGGAUUACUUUUCUAUACUGGACGUCUGUCUGAACUUCCCAGUGUUACUGUAGGAGCAUUUGUAAAUCAAAACCAGAUUAAGCUCUUCCCACCAUCGUGGCAUUUGUUACAUCUCCACUUAGAUAUCCAUUGGCUGGUGCUAGAAGUUCUUCACGUGCUGAGUGAAAAACUGAAACAAGUUGUGUAUAGUCAUCAGUUUAUCAGUCCAGCAGGUGACAUUUUAACCAAUGUCAGCCUAUUUGAAGAACAUUGUGAAAACCUUUUUUGUGACUUAAUAAGCCUGUCACUCAACAGAUAUGGCAAGGUUAGACCUUCCGAAGCAUUAAUGGUCCAUCAUUGUCCGUGUUCAUGUGUUAAAGAAUUAUGGGUUUUACUUAUUCAUCUCCUAGACCACAGAAGUAAACUCUCUGUUGCACAAUCAUUUUGGAACUGGUUGAAUAAAAUACUUAAACCACUCUUUGAAAAAUCAAGUGACCGAGGAAGACCUGCUGUCCCUGUAAUGCAGGCCAGGGACCCAUUAGGCUUUAGUUGGUGGAUUAGUACUCAUACAGCAUCAUUUUACCAGUUUGAUCGUCAUGGUGUACCAGAUGAAAUGAGACAAAUGGAAUCAAAUUGGAACUUUGUAGAAGAACUUUUAAAACAGUCCAUCAGUGUUCAGGAUGAUGUACUAGAAGAAGAUUUACGAAUGUAUCUUCACUGCUGUUUGACACUUUGUGAUUUCUGGGAGCCAAACAUUUCAAUUGUCACCAUUCUAUGGGAGUAUUAUAGUAAGAAUCUGAAUAGCUCCUUCAGUAUUUCUCGGCUACCUUUGAAAGGCUUUACUAAUACCAAAUCACCCUUGUCUAUGCUUGAAGUGGUGAAAACCUGCUGUUGUGAUAAACAAGAUCCUGAUUUGUAUAAAUCCGGCAACAGUUACAUUAUUUUUCUUUGCAUUUUGGCAAAAGUUGUUAAGAAAGCAAUGAAAAGCAGUGGCCUUCAUCCUUGGAAACAAGUCAAAGGAAGAAUAUAUUCUAAGUUUCAUCAAAAAAGAAUGGAAGAGCUAACUGAAGUUGGCCUACAGAACUUUUUCAACCUUUUUCUACUAUUAGCAGCUGUUGCAGAGAUAGAAGAUGUAGCAAGCCAUGUUUUAGACCUCCUGAAUUUCCUCAAGCCUACCUUUACUUCAUCUCAGAGAGCCCUCAUUUGGAAGGGUCAGAUGGCAUUCCUUUUGAUGUAUACGCAGAAAAACCUGGACAUUGGUGUUUUGGCUGAGAAAUUUUCUUCUGAGUUCCGAGAGAAAGCAAAAGAAUUCUUGGUAUCCAAGAACGAUGAAAUGGUACAGAGACAUACUCUGUGGACACUUCUUUCCGUCUAUAUUGAUGGUGUUCAAGAAGUAUUUGAGACCAGCUACUGCUUACAUUCUUCCCAUGAGAACCUACUUAAUGAUGGAUUUAGCAUGCUUCUGCGAGCCUGUCGAGAAUCUGAACUUAGGACAGUGCUGAGCUUUCUACAAGCUGUUCUGGCCAGAGUCAGGAGUAUUCAUCAACAAUUGUGUCGGGAACUUCAAAGGGAGAAUGUGGACCUAAUUGUUCAGUCCUCAUUGUUGGCUAAAGAGCGCCACCUUGCUGCAAUUGCCAGUGCACUGUGGAAACACUUCUUUUCAUUUCUGAAGAGUCAGAGAAUGGCCCCAAUCACGCCUCUCUCACAACUUGCAGAUGUGGCUGCAGAUUUUACUUUGCUAGCAGUGGACAUUCCCAGCACAGCUCCAUCAGAUCUUCAGCCUCAGCCAGUUAUAUCAAUAAUUCAACUUUUUGGUUGGGAUGAUAUCAUCUGGCCCCAAAUUGUAGCAAGAUAUUUAAGUCAUUUACUACAAAAUAGCACAUUAUGUGAAGCACUUUCUCAUUCAAGCUGUGUAUCUUUUCAAUCUUUAACUAUAAGAUCAUGGAUCCGUUGUGUUUUACAAAUGCAUGUAAAAAACCUUUCUGGGCCUGAUGACUUGCUCAUUGAUAGGAAUCCUGAGCAGGCAGUGGAAAAAGAGUACAUGGACCAGCUGGCUGAAAUGACACGGCUACUACUUACACUAUCAGAAGUAAAGAAUAUUUUUUCAAAGGCUCAACUUGAAUAUUUGCCCAGCCCAGAAGACCCUAAAAAAGUACUUGUUCAGUUCCUUGAGGCUGUUGGUAUCACUUAUAGGACUCUCGAAACACUUUCUGAUAGAUCUGCCAUGGUCACAAAGUCCUUAGAAUACCUUGGUGAAGUACUAAAAUACAUAAAACCUUAUUUGGGAAAAAACAUUUCCAGUGCAGGGCUGCAGCUGACUUACGGGAUAAUGGGAAUUCUUGUUAAAUCAUGGGCACAAAUCUUUGCCACCUCUAAAGCGCAAAAACUACUGUUUCGGAUCAUAGAUUGUUUACUGCUACCACAUACAGUGUUACAGCAAGAGAAGGAGCUGCCUGCCCCUAUGCUGACUGCAAUUCACAAGAAUCUGCCUCUGUAUCUCCAGGGUAUAUGUAUUGUGUGCUGUCAGUCUCAAAAUUCCAAUGCCUACUUGAAUCAAUUGCUAAGGAAUAUCAUUGAGCAGUAUAUUCGACGGUUUCUCCCAGCUUCAGCAUGCAUUUCAAGUCUUGGACAACAUCCUGUUCUGUUGGCACUGAGAGACUCAGGCUCUGUUCCAGCAGUGGCAUCUCUAGGGAAGCACAUUGUACAUGUCAUAAGAAAAUCCUACCUGGAGUUUAAAGGAUCCUCACCCCCUCCUCGCUUAGCAUCCAUUUUGGCCUUCAUCCUCCAACUCUUCAAGGACACUCAUAUAGGUGUUUGUGAGGUGGAAAUACUCCUCCCCGCCAUCUUAAAAUGUUUGCUGUUAGUCAAUGAACCUGAAGUUAAAAGGCUGGCCACAGAGAACCUGGAAUGCAUGGUAAAAACCUGCCAAGCAGGGUCAGAAGGAGAAACUGCCACCCAGCUGACUUCCCUGUUUAGGCAGUUCAUCCAGGACUAUGGCAUGAGCUACAGUUAUCAAAUAUAUAGCAUCUUAGAGACAGUAGCCACACUGAACCAGCAGGUUGUCAUCCACUUGAUUCCUACCCUAACUCAGUCUCUGAAGAAUUCAGAGCUGAAAUGGGGCUUUGGCAGAAAUAUUGCACAAAGGGAAGCCUAUAGCAAACUUUUAUCUCACCUAGGACAGGUGGGAGAAGAUGAGAAGCAGAGACUGGAAAGUGAGAAGGUGUAAUGUGAUUUGUGGCUCCUCCUGUUUGCAGAUGUCUCUCUAAAGUUGCUUUGUACCCUCAAAGGGUACUUUUAACUAAUUGUGUGAUGUUGUAUCAAAAGUUAUUUCUAUGAUUUUUCCCUUUUAUGCCCAUAUGUGUAAUUAUAUAAAUAAGAAAAUAAAAAGAAAUUACUAACUAUAUAAUAGAAUGCUUGGAAUUUUGUAAAAUGGUACUUUGUUGAAUAGAUUUUUAAUUAAAUUAAAGAAGACUUUUCAAACUGGAAUCAUUUGCUGAUAUGAGUGUAAGACAAGUUUGUACGGGUCCAUCUGUGGACUUCUUACAUUAUUAUGACUUCCUAGCUUGUGACUGCUUUGUUCUGUUAAUUUUUGAAUCUUUAUAAAUUUUCUGUUCAUAAAUUUUUUUUUUCAAAGUACCUUACUACCCUGCUCUGAUAUAUUGUUUGGAGGAAACAAAGCUUCCUUUUUUAUAAAUCAAAGUUAAUAAGUAAAACCCUUACAAAACUAGAGUAAAAGUCUACUUAACUUUCUUAAGAAUCAUUGAUUCAGUCGAAAGGAUUAUACAUAGAAGUUUUUUAGAAGAAUUUAUAUCAACAAUAUAUCCUGUGUUGCAUGGAUUCCUUUUUUUCUCUAUUUAUCCAUUUGAAAUUGUCAUUAAAAGCCUCUCAAUGGGAAGAAAAUA